GAAGUGACUCCAAAAUAUACGAUAUUAAUAAAAAUAGCAUCAUGGGUAGAGAUAUAGGCAUUGUCCGUACCUAUUUCGCUGUAUUUACAUUUUUUCUUAUCACCGAAUCAACUCGUGUCAUGCAACGGAGUGGUCUGGCUAGCUGCAGUGACUUCGAGGUCAAUUGUUCAUUGCGCCCGCCGUUAAAAUAUUCGAGGUUCGCAAUUACUGCUCCAGUCGCUCGGGAUUGGCUAACCAAGAGUAAAACAGUUGAGACUCGACACUCGAAGUUCGAAGUUCGGACGUUGAACUACUUGUUGUCGAUUCGCAUACACAUAUUGGUUUAUUGCUGCUAAGUGCCCUUCUACAAGGCUAUCAUACGACUGAAUUUCGUUUUCUAUCCUAUUUGCAGAUGAGGUACCAUCAACUGAUUGUCUUUAUCUAAGACUAGAAGAUGGACGCAUAAGUAAUAGAGCCAGUGGCUUGACACUUGUCCAAGUACACGAGAGGCUUCUUUACGCAUCUUCAAAUACGCAUAGGUAGUUUUUUACUCAGAAAUUAUUAGUAAGAUAAAAACGUGUACAGUGUAAUCGAAGGCAACAGCUAUGUAUGUGCGCAAGUAUAAUCAAAUGGAUAUAAGCAUUGAGAUACAACGACGCGUGCGUGCGCGUAAAUUCGCAGUUUUGAGACAUUGACGUGCUAAAUGUGUGCAGGCAGAGUAGUGGCAGAAGUGUGCGCCUGCUGAGCGCUGCGGCCUGCGAGUGCUCGCAAGUCGCCAGUGAUCAGUGCAAUACACGUACACUGCGCGUUUACACAGUCAGUAGCAGUAGAAACUGCAACAACGCAGGCUGGCUUACAAGGAAUACUUUGCAGCCGCAUUCAAUAUAUAUAUAUAUUUAUUAUGAUAUAUAUUAUGUUAUAGCCAGAAUAUAAAAAAGGAGCAGUGCGCGGUGCGCGAGCAGUGAGCAUUGAGCCUCAACUUCCAAACAGUGCGUUAUUGUGUAUCUGUUUCGUGAGUUUUAUUUAGCGUCUAUAGAUCCAUACGUAUAGGAAGGUUAACGGAUGCUAGCUGCGGCUGCUGGCGGGGCAGCCGCGAUAAGCGCCAAUCGAUCAGCACUUCAACAACAUUCAGCAGCAGCAGCAGCAGCAGCAGCAGUGGCAGUGGCAGUGGCAGUGGCAGCAGUAGCUCAUUAUAUACGUCGUCGCCAGUCGUCACACGACACUGCAAUCGCUGCAGCCGCCGUAAUAAACGAAGCUCGAAAAGUUAUCGCAAUUAUCGCCAGUGAAAUCGUUCCUUGUUGUGCACGGCUUCAUGUCAAGCUGCAUUAUCCUCGCGCGUCAUCUUGAUCAGCGUGGCAGCGACAACAGCAGCAGCAGCUGCAGUAGCGGCGGCGGCACUAGCAGCACAGGAGGAGAGCUGCAAGCUGUCUCAGUGGCUUCGCUGCACCAGCAACAUCGCUGUCGUCGUGCAACAUGAAGAAACUAUUCUCCAAAAUAGACAAUGCCAGCAGCAAGGAGACCAACAACUACAUCGGAAAGCCCUUCGUCGUUGGCCGGCACAAUGUCACGGUCGAGGACGUUUUGGCCGAAGGAGGAUUUGCUAUUGUUUUCUUAGUCAAAUCUGGAGGUAGUCGAUAUGCUCUCAAGCGCAUGUACGUUAACAACGACCAUGAUCUUAACGUUUGUAAAAGAGAGAUACAAAUUGCGAGUAAUUUAAGUGGACAUAAAAAUAUUAUAGGAUAUGUUGAUAGUAGUAUCACCCACACAGGAGGAGGAGUUCACGAACUUCUCCUUCUUAUGCCUUAUUGUAAAUCUCAGGUUCUUCAAAUGAUGAAUAAUCGAUUGCAAACUGGUUUUACUGAACAAGAAAUCAUGCAAAUUUUUUGUGAUACUUGUGAAGCAGUAUCUCGUCUACAUCAUUGUCAGACUCCUAUUAUUCAUAGAGAUCUAAAGGUUGAAAACAUUUUACAAACAGAUUCAGGAAACUAUGUAUUAUGUGAUUUUGGUUCAGCUACUGGUAAAGUUCUUAAUCCUGCUGUGCAUGGAGCAUCUGUAGUAGAAGAAGAAAUAAAAAAGUAUACAACUUUGAGUUAUAGAGCACCAGAAAUGGUAGAUAUGUAUUAUGGAAAACCUAUUACUACAAAAGCAGAUAUUUGGGCUUUGGGAUGUUUACUCUACAAAUUGUGUUUUUUUACUCUUCCUUUUGGAGAAAGCACAUUAGCUAUACAAUCCGGAAACUUUACUAUACCUGAUAAUUCAAAGUACAGUAAAGCUUUACACUGUUUGAUAAGGUAUAUGUUAGAACCUGACUCAGAUGCUCGUCCCGAUAUUUAUCAAGUGUCUGCAAUCGCAUUCCAAAUUGCAGGAAAAGAAAAUCCUGUUCAAAAUUUACAUAAAGUUCCAACCCCUUCUAUAGAAAAUUUGUCAUGCCCGCUCAUGGAAUCAGAGUUCAUUAAACGAUCCUCAUCUGUUAAAAUCCCUAAAAAUGCAGCAGUAACACCAGUAGAAGGUACUUCUGUAACACCUAGGCAAAGGCCCAAAGGACAAAACCUCACUACAGGUCCCAUAAAUCUUAGUGGUCAAAUAGUAAGCCAGUUAUCCGGUCAAGGCAAUCAAAUGCACCCUCCUCAGAGUCCUGCAGGCAGCUCAGUUUCAUAUGUGCAAGUCAAUCAACAAAUAACUCCGAUUAAUGCUCCUCAAGCAUUUUUGCAGCCAAUUCCAGCUAGCAAUCAAUCUACUUUUGCUCAAGGGCCACCACACAUUCCUUCACCAGGAAACUCUGUAACUUUUGUCCAGUCACAAGUACCACCGCAGUUAUUCAAUCAAUCCCAAAGUCCAAUGUCCAGUCAUUCCCCUUUAGCUCAACAAUCACCUGUUACAGUGCCAGAUAAAAAUCGUUUUUUUUUUGAAAAUCGACAAGAUCUUAGAACUGCAGGGAUUCCGGAAACUGAAAAAAACUUGGAGUCAUUAUUUCCAUCAUCUAAUUAUCCAGAUCCUUUCAAAGAUGACGGUCGAUCAAUUGCGGGAACAGUAACAGGAACAACGUCCUCUAAAAUUCCACCACCGGUCGCUCCAAAACCGCAAAAAUUAAUAACAUCACUAGCUGUCAAUAAAAAUGUACCACCUUCAUCACAAUCAAAACCAGUAAAUAAAACAGAACAUCACAGUCAAAAUUUGAAUUCAAGUUCUUCACCUCCAGAUAGUCCUACUUCAAAUUCCUCGCGACAUAGACGGAAUGUCAGCGAUACCAGUGCAUUUAAUAAAACCGUCAAUUCUUUCAGAGUAUUUGCUGAUGAAACGUCGCAGUUUUUGGCUCCCUACGAAGCUUCCGUAAAACAACGCGCUGAAAACAAUUCACCUACAGAUGUGACUGCAAAUAUCAAAACUGAAAUUGGUUCAAGUACUUCUCAUGUAUGUAUUGGAGAGCUAUCAAACAUACCGAAAACGGAAAGUAGAUCACUAAGUGCGGAUGUAGCAAUUUGGAACCCUUUUGAAGAUGUUCAACCAUUUAGUCAACUUACUGAAGAUCAUAUAUUUGGUGCAGAGUUUGAUAAAAUAAGAAAAGGAAGUGAUAGCAGCAUAGGAGGUGUAAAAAGUCGUGAAAGUCUUGUUAUGUCUUACUCAGAAGCACCGAAAGAUCCAUUUGAAUCAGCACCUUUCAGUAUGCCAACAGGUAAAAAAAGUAAAGUGGGAGCAAAAGCUACUGCAACUGCUGCAGACGAUUCAUUGUCAUCGAGUCAUGGGAUUUUGGACAAGCUCUCAAAUGCACGGCCGAAAAUUGUAUACCAAGCAGCUUUGCCUUGGAGUCCAGAAGGCAUAAGUAACGUGGUUGGCGAGAUCGCAAGCGUCGUAGAUGAAGAGGCGUCUCUGAUCAACGAUAUCCCUGCAAGCGCAGCCUCGACUGUAGCCGGUGUCGGAGUUUCGCCUUUCGUCAGAAUACCUUUGGAAGAUCGCUCCAAGUACGAAAAGUUAGCUUUCAACGCUGACGAAGUAAGCAGUGACAGCGACCAAGAUAAACAGCAGCAGCAUCAGUCGUUGCAUGGACAGAAAAAGAAGCGUCGUCGCGUCAAGGCCGUACUGGAUCGUGCUCGCAAACGCGUCAUCGAGCACAAAAACGAGAGCAGCUGCAACUCCAGCAAGCGAGAAGUGGAACAACAGCAGCAACAGAAGCAGCAGCAGCAGCCAUACGAAUCGGACGAUUCGAUCGGCUCGGCUAGCGAUCUCAAAGCCAUGAACGACGAGGACGGUCGGCAGAGCGGCGAGGCAGACGAAGACGAGGCCGACUGCGACGACGAGGGAGGCGAGCGAAAAAAGAUCGACGAAACCAUCAGCGAAAGCGUGCGCACUUGCGGCAGCUCGGCUUACCACGCCGAGUGCGAGUCGGUAGCUACGCGCGAGGAGCCCGAGCAGCAACGCACGCGUCGACUACGUCGCCAGCAACACCAAAUCCAGCAGCAACAACAGCAAUUGGCAGCAGCGGCUCAGGCCGAUCGAGUAGUAGGCCACCAAUACGGAGAACGGCCACUGUUGCUCGACGACGAGCUCGACCCGGAAUCCAAUCCCGGGCAAGCACACGCCGAUCCUUUUGUCAAGCGCCAGUACAAACUCAAGGUAUUAGGCCGCGAUAGUUCAUCUGACGAAGCAGAAGUCGGUCAGAUUCGGGCCCGGGAACUGUCUCUGGCUAGACGGCGUCAAGACGAGGAUGUUUUUGCUCUAGCUCCGUUUCAUCGGCCACCACCGACAUCGCGUAAAACCUCUCAAUCCCAAUCCAAUAGUUCUCCUAGCUCAGUGGAACGACAACAGCAUCACGAGUCAGCCCAAUAUAACGAUAACAAUAAUAUUUUAAAACCACUUGAGGCUGUGCCUAGUUCAUCGCCCGUAAUUUCUAGUUCGCUAGUGGACUUGAGAGAUGAUGCCGGGCCGCAACAAACUGCGUCAACAGCGUCCUCAAUUUACCGAUUCGUCGUACCUGCUGAAUCCGCGACUACGGAGUCCAAAGAUUUAUUCGGCUCUUCGCCGUUCGAUAGUCGGCCUACCUACUUUGACGGCGUUACAAGUCUGUCGUCAACCUCAAAAUAUGGCCUUGUUACUGUUAAUGCUACGGCACCUACAGUAACAAUUCCAGAAUCAAAAGAUCUUUUUGGCUCUGUGCCGUUUGACGAAGUCACCGUUUUGACUCCAAUAAGUGGUAUUGAACAGCAACAAGUGCGCCCUACUUCGCUACCUUUGUCGCAAUCGCCGUCUAGUGUGGAAAAAGCCUUUGAUACUAUUCUCUUGAACAGUGCUCACUCGGCUCAGCUUCCACCUAUUUGUAAUCCCAAUUACGGUUUACCUGAAUUGGAUAUUAAUAUUCAGAAUCGCUUGGAGGCUUUGUCGCCCGAUCGUAUAGAUGUCCUACCCAGCUCUCCAAUGUCUCCUGAGCCACUUGUUUCAACCGAUUCGCCCAAGUAUCAGAAAAAGCAUCAUCAUGAAAAAACAUCCAAAUUUUAUGAUAAAUCGAAAUAUCACCAUCUUAUCAUGGAUAAUAAAGCUGAACAUGUAUCGCCAACAUCUAAAAAGAUAACUAAAAAGCACAGUAAAAAGCAAAACACUGCUACCAUCACUGCUGGGUUCAGUAAUCUUAGUUUCGAAGAUUUUCCAAGCGAUGAAAAUGUCGAACCUCAGGAGCAAAAGCAACCUACUCGAGCUGCGUAUGAAGUAAUUAGAGAUUCAGAGAAGCGCUUUGCUUCACUUAAAAGACGCAGUAAUCCGUUUACAUGAUGAAAUCUUUGUUUCAAGGAUUACGGAUUUUUUUACAUUACAACCAACCAGUCAGCAGUGUUGUUUUGUUAAAAGUGAUACUAAUCGAUUGUGAUGCUGGCAUUUUUAGGAGUAAGUGUAUUAGAUAUAAUGAUUGUUAUUGAAUUUUUAAUUAAUCAAUUUAAGUAGGCUAUUGUGAAAACUGCUAAUCGAAGUGCUAUUCUUAAUACUAAGAAAAAAAUAUAUCUAAAUCUUUAAUAAAAAAUUGAUUUUUUAGUUUAAUUUUUCAAGUCCAAAGUAAAUUUUUUAAUUUGCGUUGUAAACGUUUAACGACUUUCUUAGUUUAUUCAAGUGAUUUACGACCAUUUUUUAACUGUUUAACUAGUAUUAUUAAACUACUAUUAUAGUAUUUGAUUUUAAGGGUUUUAAAUCUUAUUUAUUUAAAGAAUAAUCAUGUUCUACAUUCACCUUUACGAUGUAAUAAAACAUACCUAAACUAUUAUACUAACUGACCUUACAUAGCAUUUAGUCACUAAAUGUUAUUUCAGUUAUACCAACAACAGGAUUGUUGUAUAACUUGUGUAGCUUUAUACCAAAAAAUUUAGGAAAAUAUUAAUUAAAAAUCCUAAACUUUACUUCUAUUUUUGCAACGCCAAAAUCGCAAGAAAAAUACAUUUAAAUACCUUAAUAUAUAAUUAUAUGUGAUUUUAAGCUACAACUUUUUGAGGUACUUACGACAAGUAUAAACUUUAUUUCAAUUUGUUGCAAAUAAAUUUUCUAAUACCUACAAA